UAUUUUGAAACGCAGUGUCAAACCAACUUAUUCCGCGAGAAAUUGAACAGUUUUAUUGUUUUAACCGUUAAUAUUGUUUUUAUAAGGUUCAGAAAUGGAAUGUAAUAGGUUGUAGACUGCCAUGGUGUGAGGAUGUCUUCAUUAGUGGCCUAUGAGGACUCAGAGUCAGAGGAGGAUUCUGUGGAUCAUACACUCAGCAGAGGAUCAGCUUUUGUCCAGGCUGACUCCUGUGGACAGGCAAAACAAAACCAGGAAGUCAGGGAGUUAAAUGUCUCUGAGGUAACACCCAGCCCUGCCGGACUCCCCAAGGACACUGACAAGACAGUGUUGGAAUAUCAUGAUCAUGUCUCAGACAGGAGUUCAUCUCUACAGAUAAAUAGCUGGUUACCCGGGAGUCUGGGGAAGAUUGUACCAGCACAGACCCCUCCUCCCCUGCAACAAAGUUUUAAUGAUCUGCCAAACUCAUCUAAAAGACUUCACAGUAUCCCUUCAGGUGUUAGGCCUUACAUUCCCAAGAGACAGAGGCUCACCCCUCCGGUAGUAAAUACAGACUCAAAAUACCAACCACAGCAAGUCCCAGGGAACCAAAGUGGGGACGGCCAAAUUUUGUCAGAUGUGUCGGCAAAAGUAAAGCAGUACCUUUCUCAAAAGCCCAGUGCUGCAGGGAUUCCAAGGAGGCUUCUGCUGAGCCUGGGAGGCCACCAGGGCCCAGUCAACACAGUGCAGUGGUGUCCAGUGCCUCAUGCCAGUCAUCUGCUGCUGUCUGCCUCCAUGGACAAGACUUUCAAGGUGUGGGAUGGAGUAGAGAGCGGGCGAUGCCUGAGGGUUUACACCUGCCAUUCAGGAGCGGUGCGUGAUGCCUGUUGGACCCCCUGUGGGCGACACCUUCUCACCGGCUCAUUUGACAACACGGCUGUGAUCACAGAUGUAGAAACAGGGCAGCCGAUUGUGAAAUUGGACAACCAGUUCAAGGCGAUGUGCGUGGCCUUGCAUCCCAGCAACCCCGAGGUGUUCCUGUGCGGAGGUUACAGUUCAGCAGUGAAGGCCUGGGACUCUCGCAGUUGCAAGGUGGUAAAAGUUUAUAAAGCAGGGAUCCAGCAGACCUUGGACAUCCUGUUUCUGAAAGGCGGUUCUGACUUUAUAACAAGCUCCGAUUGCGUGAGCAGAGAUUCGGCGGACCGCACACUCAUCGCCUGGGACUACCAGACUACAGCCAAGGUCUCCAACCAGAUCUACCAUGAGCGGUACACGUGUCCCAGCUUGGCUCUCCACCCACUGGAGGACAUCUUUGCUGCCCAGACCAAUGGGAAUUACAUGGCGCUGUUCUCCUCUCAGCAGCCCUAUAGAAUGAACAAGAGGCGGCAGUACGAAGGACACAAGGUGGAAGGAUACGCGGUGCAGUGUGAGUUUUCCCACGACGGCACCAUCCUGGCUUCGGGGAGCUCCACCGGCUCCGCACACUUCUUCGACUACCACAACGUUCACACGCUGCACACGCUUCACGCCCACCGCCAGCCCUGUCUGUGCGUGUCCCAGCAUCCUGUCCUGCCCGCCACUGCAGCCACGUGUGACUGGGCCGGCGAGAUCAAGGUCUGGCACUGAAUGAUCUGUGGAGCUACAGAGGCAGGAAGGACUUCUAUCGCGCCAAAGGGUGCCAUACAAGAGGCAGGAGCAGGAUGCGGGUGCAGCAACGGCAUCGUAAACCUUUCUGCAGCUCUUUCUUUAACAUAAGGUGGGAUGUUUCGCCGUUGAUUCACUAAUAGGACAGCUCGUCUCUGCCACUUUCGAUGUUUUCUCCACGCCGGGUUUAAAAACAACACUCUCGCCGCGCAUUUUUUUGUCGUUUAAUUACCCGUUUUCCCACUUUCCUCGUGACCUUUUUGUUCAUACGUAGCAGAACCGCUCUCUUACCUGAAAAGUUUUCCAAUUAAUCUUACAUGAGCUUUUGUCAGUGUGAGCAGUGCCGACAGUGUGUAAGAGUUAGAAAUUCUGUUGGUAGUUUUUUUUUUUUUUAUACUCGGUGUGCCAGAUUUUCAGAUGGGGGAGUCUGCUUCUUCUUCAAACAAAGUUCACCUGAGAUAUCUGUAGAAAAAUAUCUCAUAUUUAGGCAUUUUCUGCAGCAAACCCUCUGCGUUUGUGUGUGUGUGUGUGUGUGUGUCUAACAGGAAGAACAUACUCUUUAACAGUAGUGUAUACGUACAGUAACAAUACAGCAGAUAUACAGUAUGUACACAGUUUGUUAGAUGCAGUAAAGGAGACCGUUCUGUCCACUGAACAGAUUUAAGGCAAUUUCUGAAGUGUCCUGCUGUGAGGGUAACUACUGCGCAGCACAGUCUCAAAUUGGAUGAUAAAAAAAUAAGAAAAAAGUCCAGCUGAGAUGUGUUAAAAAUCUUGCAGUGUAUAUAUGCAUCCUCAUAGGAUUGUGUACAUUUUUCAUGUUGUACACAUCAUCUACUGAUCUAUUCUAUUCUAUUUUAACCCUUAAAGACCUACAGCUAUUCUUAUAGCGACUUGCAAAUUCUUUUUUUUUUUUUUUAAUCUCCAGUAUUAUCUUACUAUCCUCUGGGUGCUUCAUGAAACUGGUCCCUAAAAACAGGACAUGGGGGCUAAAUAUUCAAACCAGAC